CUCCAUUUUAUUCCCAACAUCCAUCGCGGCAGGCUCGAGCUCAAAGCAAGAUGGCGGACAGACCAGUGCCCCUAGCUGAGAAGCGGCUCAUGGAUGUGAAGCUCGGUCAGGUGCCAUCCUGGCUUGGAACCAGGGACUUCACCCCUAACGGCCUCAUCGGAUCUGUCCGAAGAGGCUAUGAAAGAUAUUACAACAAGUACAUCAACGUGAAGAAAGGAGGAUUCGGUGGCAUAGCCAUGAUCCUCGCCGGUUAUGUUGUACUGAGCUAUGUUUGGGAAUAUGAUCAUAUUAAGCACGACCGCUGGAGAAAGUACCACUGAAGCUUUUUUUUAGGCAUCAUGGACCACCGAGACUUUUGGGCUGUCCCUGCGAGUGUGAUCAGCACACCUUUCUCUCAAUGGUUGUUGUGUAUAAAUAAAUGUAUUUGUGACCAAGAAAUAAAGUAAAAUAAA